UUGGAUGUUAAACUCAUGUACUUCCAUAACGUAUCACGUAGUCUCGCGGAUAAACUUGAAUCUUUAUGGAAAUUAGCUGAAGCACAUCAACCAACGGAAAAUGAAAUAAAACAAUUUGCUGAUCAAAUUGCAGGUAUAUGGACUUCUAUAAAUCGUCAGAUUUAUGAAAAAUAUUCUAAAAUACGAAUGGGUAGUGGAACAUUGCAUGGAGUACCAUUAUCAAUAAUUCUUAAUAAAAUAAAAAAAGAAAUUAUUCUAUUCAAAGUAUCAUUACAACGUCAUGAGUCUAUUUAUGAUCAAGAAUAUAUAUUAAAAGGAUACAAGCUAAUUACCAAAAGUGAAAAAUUUAUAAGCAGCUUACAAAAAUGUGAUAGCAAGUUGCAACAACUCUUAUGCAUAUCAAAUAUUAUGCCACGUCUUAUAAAAUUACAAUCUGCGAUUGAUAAAUAUGUUACCACUAUUGAAUUACUACCUACAAGGAGUUUUCCUUCAUAUGACUUAAGUGCCUUUUCAUUAGUUGCAAAAUUAUUGACUGGUGAACUACUUGGUUAUGAAUCAAUUAAUCCUAGUUAUGUUCUAAUGGAAAAUAUGCCUAAAAAGCCUGUUUUUAUUAUCAAAAACGUUAAACGCAAAUCAAUUCAUCCAUAUUAUCCAACAUAAAAUAUAUUUAUAAUCUGUACAGUCUUAGAUAUGAAAUAUCUAAAAUGUUUUCAAACUGAACUAUUGUAUCUAGGAUAAUGUACAUAAAUAUUAAUAGUAAAUAAUGACUUUAUAUAAUUAA